AUGGCUACCUGGCGCGCGAGUGGACAUAGCCAAAACCUGUACAACGUAUCGGAUCUGUCUUUUUCAAGCUUUAGAAGUGGCAGCAGCGCGGACGACGCGCGCUUCGAAGCCAGGCAGAACAGAUACUUGUUUCUGGACUAUGCCGCGAAACACUGUGGGAGCCAUGUUGCGGAAGUUGAAGAAAAGAUUACGGACAAACCACAAGACUAUAUCAGAAUGUCAUUGCUAAUCGCAGCAUCGCACGGCCAGUUUGAAGUCGUUCAAUGGCUCCUAGACAAGGGCUCCUGCGAUACUGAUAGCGAGCAGACUCGAUGA